AAAAAGAGGGAAGCAGUCACACUGAACUGUUCGGCUGCAAUCUGCACUAUCCACCAACUGGAGGUGACCUGGUUCAGAGAUGGCUCUACCCUCUCCGAGUCUGGCCCCGCCCUCCAUCUGGGUUAUCUGACUGCAAAGGAUUCUGGGAACUACACCUGUGGUUUGAAGAGUAACAACCGCAUCCUCUCCGUGCCAUACAGCCUGCACGUGGAAGAUGAGGAGGAAGGUGCUCUGGGUCAAAGUGUGAACUAUCCAGAUCCUGUUUGUGGUGUGAUAGGAUCAACAGUCACCCUCCCCUGCUCCUUCACACCACCGAAGUCUGUCAAUGGCAAUGGAAGAGAAGUUUUGAUCGAGGUCGUCAGAGUCGUCUGGUGCAACAACCAUGAAUUCUGUCUGCUUACCACGCCGUCUGUGUAUGACAGCAAAUCAAACAACAACGACCCUCGUUACAGAUACCUGGGAGACAAGAAGAGAGACUGCACUUUACAGAUCUCAGAUUUACAGAAGGAAGACAACGCAACUUUUCGCUUCAGAGUGGAAACUAAUGAUCCCAGAGCAACUUUUACUGCCCUAGCAGGAGUGAGAGUCACAGUUGUAGAUGGUGCUCAGAUGAAGAUAAGAAGCUCCAGAGAUGACGGAGAGUUUAAAAGAGGGGAAGCAGUCACACUGAACUGUUCGGCUGCAAUCUGCACUAUCCACCAACUGGAGGUGACCUGGUUCAGAGAUGGCUCUACCCUCUCCGAGUCUGGCCCCGCCCUCCAUCUGGGUUAUCUGACUGCAAAGGAUUCUGGGAACUACACCUGUGGUUUGAAGAGUAACAACCGCAUCCUCUCCGUGCCAUACAGCCUGCACGUGGAAGAUGAGGAGGAAGGUGCUCUGGGUCAAAGUGUGAACUAUCCAGAUCCUGUUUGUGGUGUGAUAGGAUCAACAGUCACCCUCCCCUGCUCCUUCACACCACCGAAGUCUGUCAAUGGCAAUGGAAGAGAAGUUUUGAUCGAGGUCGUCAGAGUCGUCUGGUGCAACAACCAUGAAUUCUGUCUGCUUACCACGCCGUCUGUGUAUGACAGCAAAUCAAACAACAACGACCCUCGUUACAGAUACCUGGGAGACAAGAAGAGAGACUGCACUUUACAGAUCUCAGAUUUACAGAAGGAAGACAACGCAACUUUUCGCUUCAGAGUGGAAACUAAUGAUCCCAGAGCAACUUUUACUGCCCUAGCAGGAGUGAGAGUCACAGUUGUAGAUGGUGCUCAGAUGAAGAUAAGAAGCUCCAGAGAUGACGGAGAGUUUAAAAGAGGGGAAGCAGUCACACUGAACUGUUCGGCUGCAAUCUGCACUAUCCACCAACUGGAGGUCACCUGGUUCAGAGAUGGCUCCGCCCUCUGUGAGUCUGGCCCCGCCCUCCAUCUGGGUUAUCUGACUGCAAAGGAUUCUGGGAACUACACCUGUGGUUUGAAGAGGAACAACCGCACCCUCUCCGUGCCAUACAGCCUGCACGUGGAAGAUGAGGAGGAAGGUGCUCUGGGUCAAAAUGUGAACUAUCCAGAUCCUGUUUGUGGUGUGAUAGGAUCAACAGUCACCCUCCCCUGCUCCUUCACACCACCGAAGUCUGUCAAUGACAAUGGAAGAGAAGUUUUGAUCGAGGUUGUCAGAGUCCUUUGGAGCAACAACCAUGAAUUCUGUCAGCUUACCACUCCAUUUGUGUAUGACAGCAAAUCAAACAACAACGACCCUCGUUACAGAUACCUGGGAGACAAGAAGAGAGACUGCACUUUACAGAUCUCAGAUUUACAGAAGGAAGACAACGCAACUUUUCGCUUCAGAGUGGAAACUAAUGAUCCCAGAGCAACUUUUACUGCCCUAGCAGGAGUGAGAGUCACAGUCAUAGAUGGUGCUCAGAUGAAGAUAAGAAGCUCCAGAGAUGACGGAGAGUUUAAAAAAGGUGAAGCAGUCACACUGAACUGUUCGGCUGCAAUCUGCACUAUCCACCAACUGGAGGUCACCUGGUUCAGAGAUGGCUCCGCCCUCUGUGAGUCUGGCCCCGCCCUCCAUCUGGGUUAUCUGACUGCAAAGGAUUCUGGGAACUACACCUGUGGUUUGAAGAGGAACAACCGCACCCUCUCCGCGCCAUACAGCCUGCACAUGGAAGAUGAGGAGGAAGGAACAAAAGCCUUUGACACACUGCUGGCUGUUCGUCUGCUUCUCUUCACUCUGCACACUGUUCUCUUCGUCAUAGUAACGUCCAUCAUCAUCAAAAGGACGUGCGUUUGCAAAAAAAGAUGAUGUGUAGCCUCCAGACGUCGUAGCGUAGCUGAGACGUCCAGAGGAAUGAGGCCGGGCUGUCUGAUAUUAUCAUCUGCAACAUAUCUGCUCUAAUAUUACAUCACUGGACCUUUAUCUCUGAUAUUAUCAUCUGUAACAUAUCUGCUCUAAUAUUACAUCACUGGACCUUUAUCUCUGAUAUUAUCAUCUGUAACAUAUCUGCUCUAAUAUU